AUGACGGCUCUAGAGAACGCGAGACUCUGCGUGAGGGAAAAGGAUAGCAACGCUAUCGUGCGGGUGAAUAAAUAUAGGUCAGAACGCGAGGCCUCCGCCAGCAAAGUGCCAGUCUGGGAUCUUGGCUCUCAAGUGGGCAUCGCACGCCAGCUCAUGAUGGGUAUAUGUGGACCUUGA